CAGUGGUCCUCAACGACAACACAAGUUUGGUUCCGUUGGUCUUCCAAGAUGUCCUCGAUGUUCCGGUUGAUUCUUGUGUCUUGCAUAGCUGCAUCAUCGUUGCCGAAAGUUAUGGGCUACGACUUGCAGGAAGCGGAUUUUGACAAAGAGAAUAAAAAAAUGAGAGAAGAUUUCGGAAUUAGGAAAAGACAAGAUAAUCCUGCGAACAGUAUACCGACAUGCAAAAAUGUAACAGAGAAAGUAUCAGGAAUAUAUAAUAUCAGUGGCAGUAACCGUUGGUACGACUCAUUCCAAGCUUACUGCGAGCAAGAGGCGCAUAACGGAGGAUGGAUGAUCAUUCAACACCGCAAGGAUGGAAGGCUGAACUUCAAUCGAGACUGGAACGAUUACGAAAACGGAUUCGGCCAAGUCGACGGGGAGAUGUGGUUGGGUCUAAAACUAAUUCGGCAGUUUACGCAGCAAUACCAUUGCGAGCUGCUAGUAGAGAUGAAGGACUUCAAGGGUAAUUACAAAUACGCAAAGUACGAUUCGUUUGCCAUUGGAUUCGACAAGCAGGCUUAUAAGCUAAGCACACUAGGAAAACACAGUGGAACAGCUGCUGAUUCGCUAAGGGGACACGUUGGAAUAAAGUUUUCCACAAAAGAUCAGGACAACGAUGAAACAAUCCUUAACCACUGUGCAGAAGACUGGGAAGGAGGUUGGUGGUUCAACAACUGUUUUCAAGCGUUCCUGAAUGGACUGUACACAAGAAACACCAACGAUGAAAACGGAAUAUUGUGGGAUGGUUUCUCGAACAAUAGGACUGGAUUGAGCCAUACAAGAAUGAUGAUUCGCCCCUAUUGAUCUUCAAUAUCAGUGACAAGCACAGA